AUGGCAAGUUUAACUUCGAUCGCACCUGGAUAUGGAUUUGGAAGCCCCCAUACCAACCAAGGAGCUAUGAUUCGUGGUGGUGGAGGUCAAUCAGUCAUUGAGGAGCCAGUGGUGGAGCAUGAACACCACCAUGUGCACCAUCACAUCGACCAUGGCAAUGUGAAUGUAGCCGCCCAGGUAGCAGUGCGCCCCCGAGCUGUCCAACGUGAAUACUCCUACGACGACCUAUAUGACCGUGACCGUCGUUAUGGAUCUGGCACCUCUCUUGGUUCCCUUAGUAGACAUGAGCAACAUCGUCACGGACACGGCCACGGCCACCACGGCCACCGAUCUAACGGAUCCCGGGGCAGUAUCAACUCACGUUUUGCCCGCAGUGACAUUGACCUCAACCUCGACUCGUCCUUCCGAACAAGCCGCAGAGGAAGUGUCUACGAUGAACGUGAAUCUGAAUACGCCAUUAUCGAUGUGCCGGCCGGAACCAGAAGAGUAACCGUAGACAUGGCGAGGGAAAGGGAACAGGAAGCUCCCAGCUGGAGACGUGAUAAUGGAGAUUUGGUGACGAGGGAGGCAAUCGAGGAUUGCGGGUACCAGUAUGAGGAGACAGAAUUCUUCUACUACAUCUUCGAGUACUUGCACCGUGAUCAGAUUGCGGAACUGACAGAUCUCACUACCGAUAUCAGACGACAGAGGGUUAGGGAUAUCGAAUAUGAAUCGAUCGCCGGCCGGGAACGCGACAGGGAACGCGAGAGGAGGACUCUCGACUGGGAUCGCGAGGACUCCCGCACUGAAAUUAUUAUCGAGAGUGGUAGGAGCAAUGCGGGUGGGUCCGGUGGGCGCCGCCGCCGGUACUACUAUUAA